AAAAAAAAAUAAUUUCUUUGGUAAGAAAUUUAUAUAUUUAUAAGCGAUUUCCAGAUGAGUGACAAUUCAGUAAUCGAAAUCGAAGUUGAUAAAAUUGAUGAUAAAAUCGAAGUUGAUAAAAGAUGUUGAUAAAAAUGUUGUUGAUUCGAUGAUGAACGACAUAAUGGUAAAUCUAUUACUAUGGUAGAAAUAUCACCAAAUGAAAAAUACCUUAUUACUUAUAGUGAAGAAGAUGGUUCAAUUGUACAACUUGAAUUUCAUCAAGCUGUUAAAACUAAUGGAGAUAAUAAAGAUAAGAAAUAUGGAAUCAACCGUUUAUGCGUUUCCGAUGAUAAGAAACUUGCUUAUAUUACUUAUACUAUUACUGUUUGAAACAAAAAAUAUCGGAAUAUUCAGUAAUGAUGAAAAAUUUAUUUUUCUAAAUAUCAAUGAUAAAAUCAUCGUUUAUUCAAUCGAAUUGGGAAUUUUUAUUGCUUCUUUGGAUAUAAAUGAUGGUAACCAUUUUUAAAUAUUCAACUAUAUAAUUUUAUGUAUCAUACUGGUUUAUUUCUUUUACCUUCUUUAUUCUAUUUUACUUCGGAUGAAGAAAUCAAAUAUUGCUGGAACAAUAAAUACGAAAAUAUGUUUAAUCAAAUAAAACCAACUGAUGAAUCAACUGAUGAUAAAAUUGUUGAAUGUGAUGAAUACUUAAAUGUUCAUUCAUUUAAUCUAUAUAUGGAUACUGUGUCUACAUUAUUUCAAAAAGUCACA